AUUUGCUAUGGCCCCUGAUCAAUUGCUGCCACGCAAAACUCGCUUAGAGACAUCGUAUGCGUUUUCUCGCACAUUCAAUACCCGCAACAUGGAAUUCUAUUGGUAUCCACUGUGGUGUCAGACACUUUUCGAUCUUGUGGCAGGUGUACCAAAUUUGAUUGUGGCGCCUCAAUUCCCGGUUUGGAUUGUAAAGCAUAGCGACCAAGUCGAAGAUGCAGAUGAUGGUGACGAUCCUGAUGAGCCCAGGGAGAGCAGGCUGUUUGCAGGAGGCAUGCAAGUCCCCAGUAUCGACGUCGAAGAACUUGGGGACCACGAGCCUGAGAUUGGGGCGGGGGAUAUUUCUUUCGCAUCUACCGUCCCAGAAAAGGAUGCUAGUAGCGUUCUGGUGGAUUUUGCGGUCGUCAGUCUUACAGCAGUGCCUCGGUCAGAGGAGAAGCUUCGCUAUGGAGGAUUGGCGAAUAACUGCAGCAAAUACUUGCCUUCUCGUGGAAGUAAAAAGGUUGCGAGCAGGAGUUUGAAAGAUGACGAGCUGGAUGCAGACAUUAAGUUGCAUAUUGAGGAGGCCAGGAACGAUGUGGUAGCGCAAGCAGGGUAUAUUUUUCUCCAAGAUGAAACAAAAGAUUCCAUCAUGGUCAUCGCCGCCGCAGGUCCUUAUUGGAGUGGCACCACAAUCCAUCGUGGCGACGUCGAACGUACUAUGGAUCAACUUUCAAGCAAAGAUCCGAGCUAUCGGCCCCCUGGCGAACAGCUCUUUGACCAGGAGCCGAAUUGGAAUAAAAUUCUUCGCCUUGAUGGCGCAUCCUCCAUGGCGGCUUCCGAAGCCCGCUUACGCACUAUUUGCAAGAAGAUGAGGGAAAUGGGAGAUCAAAAAUCGAAUGCAAAGUAGUGUGGUGUUUGCUCGGGAACGUCGAUGGGAACUUGGGCUUCGGAUGAAUCGGAUCUUUUUGACUAAAACUUCUCCAUCGUGAAAAUAGUACUCAAUUUUAUUCCUAACCGCCACGGUCUCAACAG